CCCAAUCACCCCCCUCCGCUGCGCUGUGAGCUGAAUACAGGGGCAGCCUGUCCCCCCCACCCUGACCCUCUCCCCCUCACCUCAUCACCCGUCCUCCCCGCGGCACAGGUGCAGAGUCUCAGUCCACUCUGCGUGACAAUGCCAGCCGGAGCUCUGCGCCUCUCCCUCUGCCUCCUCCUCGCCGCCCUCCACCUGAGCUGCGUCCCCGGCGGGGCUCCGGAUGAGGCGCCCUUCGAGCUGAAGGAUUUCCCCCGGGCUCCUGCGUUUUCUCCGCACAAGAAGGCGCCGCAGUUCAUGCUGGAUCUGUUCAACGCCGUGUCCGUGGCCGACGGGGCGCACAGAAGCCAGAAGGAGAUUCUGGAGGGGAACACGGUGCGCAGUUUUCAGGAUAAAGGACACACCGGGCAGAGGAUCCACUUUUUCAACUUGUCCUCUCUGGGCAGAGAGGAGAAAAUGAUCAAAGCCGAAUUCCGCUGGUUCCGAAAGAAACACAAGUUCUACGGGCCUCAUUUCUAUAAGGUGGACGUAUACGAGGCUCCGGACAGCAGACUGAAACCCCAGAGAGGAAACCUCAUCACGUCCAGGCUGGUGCCCCUCUACACACAGGGAUGGGAGGUUUUCAAUGUCACUCAGCUGGUGUCUAAAUGGAUCCAGAAGAGUCAGGAGAACAACGGCAUCGUGGUGGUGACGACGUUCCCCUCCAGUGACUGGAUGAACUCUGAACCCAAGCAGCUCCAGUUGACAGACACGAAUGCCUACCUGGUCGUUUUCUCAGACGACGGGAGGACUGAAGCGAACCGGUCAUACCUGGGUAAGUCGAUAUGGGGCAACAGCCCGAGACCUUACCUCCGUUGCCACGCCAACGGUCUCCAUCCUCCCACAGCGGCAGCCUCUGAGUCUCUGGACCACCUCAGCAGGAGGAGACGAGCGUCCUCAGACUUCCCUCUCCGCGGUCGCCCCCAGUCCUGCCGGCGCGUCCCCCUCUUCGUGGACUUCGACGAGAUCGGCUGGUCGGGUUGGAUCAUCUCUCCGCGUGGCUACAACGCCUACCACUGCAAGGGCUCCUGCCCGUUCCCACUGGGCGUGGGCCUGAGGGCCACCAACCACGCCACGGUGCGCUCCAUCAUGCACGCGCUCAAGCUGCCCGGGGAGGACGUGGGCGCCCCCUGCUGCGUGCCCGACAGACUGCAGUCCAUCAGCUUGCUGUACUUUGACGAUGAGGAGAACGUGGUUCUGAAGCAGUAUGACGACAUGGUGGCGCUAAGCUGUGGCUGUCACUGACCCGGUUCGGCUCUGAGACAUGAUUAGAACUGAUGACUAGAGCUGGUUAGAACAUGUUGUUUAAAUAUUGAUUUAUUUUAAGAAAUAAAAGAUUCCUUAACUAUUAACCCAAACAUUCUCUGGUGUUGUGGAAAACUGGGCAAACCGCUUUAGGGUGGAUGAAACUACUGUACUCAGAAUGGUUUGUUAAACCAACGUUUUUCAAAGUUGGAGUCGCCAGGGGGCCCCAGAGGGGCCUCAGAAAGCUACAGGGCGGAUGAAGAAAAAAAAAGAAAUAAAAACAAAACCAGCAAAUUAAUGUAUAUUCCUCAAACUAACUUAGCAAGUGCAAAAUAGAAAAGUCUCUGUAAAGAAAAAGAGCAAAGGAAGCGUCCACCAGCUUUGCUUUGCUGCUGCAAUAAAACACCAAGAACAGCCACAAACAUUAUGGUAAUUUAUUGAGAUUUUAUCUGACCGACCGACGCAAAAUUGUAAGGAUGCAACAUACAUCUGUACCAACAUCGAUAUUGGAUGAUAUUUGUCACUAUUUUUUUACCAAAUUUUUAGAUAUUUUGUAUUAUAAUGUUUAAUCCAUCUUUCGCCACGAACACCUACAGCACAACAUGGACAGGUCUGCUCCUGUCCAUGUUGGACAGGAGUAGGACAGACGUAUGAAGAAAUGUUCAGCAAUAGCUUCAUGUUUAUCAGAUUAUGCACUUAAACAUUGUUUAUAGAUUUAUUUCCCUGUCAGCAUAACUUUAAAGAAGUGGCUGUUUGUUUCCUUUUGUAUUUUUGUUCAUUUUAAGUUUAAAAAAAAUAAAAUCAGUGAUCAAAACUGACUUAUGGUGCACCCUUUUAGUUGUUACAGAUCUUAUUUGAUGUUGCAUGGAAAGACGUUGGUUACCAUGUAGUUUUAGCUUAGUGUCGGGUUUUGUAUUUAGUUGUAUAUUUCCAGGAGAGUUGGAGUCUUUACACGUUGUGGACAGUAGGUGGCAUUGUAGAGUCCUACCUUGAACACCUGUACAUAAGCAAAGUCUCCAUGUCAAAAAUAUAGCACUUGUACAGUGAAAAUUUUCAAAAUUUAACUGAUGCUAUUGCAAAAAAAGAG